CGCAACUCUCUUUUUCUAUGGCUCUGCUCUACUCUAGUUAUAUUAACUCUAUGGUCCGUCCAUGCGAGAGAGCUGCCAUCGCCGUCCGUCCAUGCGAAUACUCCCCCUAGCGACGACGUCUAUAUGGACUUCCAUGACGCUCUGAGGGAUUUAGCUGCCUCUCGUCGAAAUGGGGUGAUGGCAGAAUUUCCUGGUCAUAACUGUCAGCCUACGUUUUUUUUGCAAGUGGGUAGGAGAUUGUAGCCUAAAGAAAACAUCUGCUGCAUGUAGGCUAUCAAUAAAUAAUAUUCAAAAAAAAACAACAACGUUAAUUUCACAGAUCAAUGUCAGUUUUCUUAAAUAUCGAUCUUGCCAUAGCCUAGCAUAAAUUACCUAAAACUAUUGUCAACCAUCACGAAUUUCAUGAACCGCGUGUGUGAAGUCAAUGAAUGAAUCAAUCCAGAUUCACAAUACUUUUACAAUAUAGCCCACAAAGAUAUUUUUAAUUUAUAACACCUGCAGACUGUUAUUCAUCCCGUCAGUGUAUGCGUGCUCACGUGACAGGCUACGGUUUAUUCCAACCCACACAGACAUACAUUUGGCUUGUAGAAGUCUCAUUUUCAACCCCAUUUCUCGAAGUGGAAAUACUCUCUCAUAUCGAUUAUAUAAUUUUGUUAAAAGAUGACAAGGUUCUACCUAAUUGCAGUAGGUCUCUUUGCUAUUAUUUCAGUCACUGCUUCGCAUGAAGAGGUCAUUGAUGACAUCCUCAGCAGUCUAGCCAAGGGCGCAUUGUUCCUGGAGAUAGAGCACCAAAAUAUAAAUCUCGACGGAGUGGUUGGCUAUUUGAUAUUACAGGCUGAAUUUAAGGAGGCAAUCAGGACAUGGCCGCACACAGACCCGGUCAGCUGGGCUCAGCGCACCUCAGCGGUAGCACUGGUUAGGCGGCUGGAUCAGAGUCUCGAGAAGGCAGUCUCGGCACUAGCAGAAAACGAUCCAAAAUACUACCGAGAGUUUCAGCCCUUGUUGACCUGGACCUUCUGGGUAGUGCCACAUGAGUGGAGCUCCACAGACGCGUCCCUGGCCUACUACUCCACCAGUACCAUGGAGUGUUAUGAUGAGCAGCUCAGCGACAAAUGCAUGACACUGCUCCUUGGCACAUGGAAAAACAACGGGACUCCCUGCAUUGUGACAAAGUCUUGCCGAGAUACAAUGACACACUUUGGUUGCCCUCACUACUCCCUCUCCCACCAGCUCCUCUAUUUCAUGAUUGGGUCCAUGAAAGGCUGCUCAAACAUAUUGAAGGGAGAUAUGCGGGCGUCACGUGCCAACCUGACAGAGCAAGACUACCAGAGGAUCUUCUGCUCCAACAUGAUGAAGAGCAAUCAGGACAUUAUCAAGAAUGGCUUCACCGGUCAAAGCCAGGACAUCUUUAUCGAAAACAUACUUCUGUGUGGAUUGGCUGGCUUCUCUGAUUUCUACAAACCUGAUUGGCUGAAGCAUAUUCUGAGUUUACAAGACCAGGAAACUGGAUGUUUUGGGAGAGAUGAAAGAGUGAUCUCCCAGAUAAUUGGAGAGGAGCUGCUGGAGGCAUUGCAACCACAACGAAGAGUGAAGAGGAGAGAGAAAACACUGAGAGAAGGCUGCUCGAGUCACAUGACUGGUGUGGCGGUGAGUGCACUGGGAGGGUACCUCAACUUCUACCUGAUGGAGCAGGACAUCACGAAGAGACCACUCAGUUGAACUUCAGACGCCACACCACACCUGGCCAAAGUAGAGUUGAAAUGAGCUUGACUUCUUCACUGAUUUAGUCGUCAUGCCUGGGCAAUGGAAAACAAAACACAAUCCAGUUCAAAGUCAUUGUGUGAUUUUUACUUUGCCCAGGUGUGAUGAGCUGAGCGCAGGGUUAUAUCAAAGGGUAAACAGUAGACUGUUGCAGAUGAAAUGUAUAGAGUUAACAAAUAAAACCCAAAUGCUGAUCAAUACACUGCACUACUGCAUGUCUUAGAAACAAGACUGGUCUACUCAACAUGUCGUUGUUGGAAAUGUUAAUUGGCGUAAAAUUAACUACCGGUAGUUAUUUUCUAGUUGAAAGGUUGAUAAUCAGAAAAUGUUCAGCAAUUCUUUUUACAGAAUUUGUCAUGUAGCAUGUUUUGUUUUCACAUUUGCGCCUACUGAAUGCAACCUUCUCACAUUUCAGUAACUUGGACUACUGAAAAGCAAUACCUGCACACUAUUUGAUAGAUUAAGACUAUCGUAUAAUGAUUUUUUUAUUCUGUAGAAAUAAAAAAUAAAACAACAACAAUAUU